AUAUAAACCGAAACCACCGACAGUCAGACAUCACUCACUCGAUACUCAGAUCAACAGAUCAACAAACAAAAAAUCAUGGCAUUCAAGUUCAUCACUCUCUUGGCUCUCGUGGCAGCCGCCAACGCCGGAUUCAUCCCAGCGCACCAGCCACUCGCUUACGCAGCAGCCCCAGCGUACGCCACCCCCGUGUUAGCGAAGGCCAUCAACGCCGAAGACGACGCUCAUCCUCAGUACAACUUCAAUUACGACGUCCAGGACUCAACAACCGGCGACUUCAAGAGCCAGCAUGAAAUCCGCGAUGGUGACUCUGUUCAGGGCAGCUACUCUCUCCUUGAAUCCGACGGAACCCGCAGAACUGUUGACUACACCGCAGACUCAUUAAACGGAUUCAACGCCGUCGUCCGCAAAGAACCCGCUCAGGUUGCCGUUAAAGCUGUAGCCCCAGCUGCACUUGCUGUCAAAGCCGCGCCCAUCGCCUACGCCGCCCCAGCUAUCGCUAAAGUUGCUGCACCAGUAGCAUACGCCGCACCUGCAGCAUACGCUGCUCAUUACGCACCAGCUGCAUACGCAACUCACUACGCACCAGCUACUUACUCUGCCCACUACUCUGCACCUGCCGCCUACGCUAAAGUCGCUGCACCAGUAGCCUAUGCUGCUCCAGCUGCAUACGCAACCCACUAUGCCGCUCCAGCUAUCGCUAAAGUCGCUGCACCAGUAGCAUACGCUGCACCCGCUGCAUACUCAACUCACGCCGUAGCUAAAGUCGCUACCCCAGUUGCUGCAUACGCACCAGCUGCAUACGCAACCCACUACUCUGCACCAGCUGCAUACACAGCCCACUAUGCUGCACCAGCUGCAUACGCCACCCACUACGCAGCACCUGCUUACUACCACCACUAAUUACAAAAACUUGAGUCAUACUACUUCUGUACAAUAAAGACUUGAUUUUUAAAUUUGAAUAAAUAUUUAUACCUGAA